AUGUCAUAUGGCGUAUAUAUUCGAGGUCCAUUAUGCGGGGUUGAUAAUUGUAGAUCAAAGCUAUGGAGAGUCAUUGAUGGAAGAAGAACAUGUCAAUAUGGACAUGUUAUGGAGAACGACUAUGAAUUUAAUGAUGAUGAGGAUGAAGGGGCUGGGGGUGUAGCAAUUACAAGAAGAUUAAACCUAACAACGGAUGCCACUGGUAAUUUUCAAAGCUCUCAGUUAAACAUGUCCCAAUUUGGGAAUUCUCAGCAUGAUUCUGAUUUACAUAAAGUUUAUGGGAAAGAAGCUAGACUACUUUUCUUGAAAAGCUUUCAAUAUAUUUUGAAAAUACAGACGAGGGAUUUGAUCAAAACUUUCCAGUUACCCACUUCGUUUGAACUUUUGAUUAAAAAGUUGUGGUGCGAGUAUUUGAUAAAUUCACAACAAAGAAAACAUAGUAAUAAAGGAGACAAUGGAAAAGAAGAAAAGAAAGAAGAACAAAAUGAUGAUGACGACGAAGAGUUUAAGGGACUAGAGUUAUCUUUAAUGACAGGUAUAUGUUUAUUAUACAUUGGUUGCGUUAACAUGAAGCUGCCCAUUUUUAGCAAUGAUUUUUCCAGAAUGGUACUAUCGAUGGAUCUAUUAUACAUAAAUGCCAAUAAGAAAUUACCCAUGAAGUGGAGAAAACAAUUACCGAAUCAUUUUUUAUCGAAAUUAGAAGGUUCAAAGAUAUGGUCAAAUGCACAAUUUUAUAACAAGUUGGGCAACGUGUGUGAUAAAUUAAACAUACACGGGGUUUACGAAGAAAUUAAUGAAGUUGGUAGUAUUAGCAAUGUAAAUAAUGUUGAUAAAGGCCAUAAAAUAUUGUGGAAAAAUUUUUUAUGUCGAUUAACUGUAACUUAUUUAUUUCCAUCAUUUGUAUAUCGAUAUUGUGUUAAAUUAAUUGAAUAUUUGGAUGACAAAAACACUUUUGGACAACUAAUUGGAUUCAAUAGUAGCAGUCAUUUUGUACAGUAUCAAUUAUUCCCGGAGAUACGGUGCAUUUGUUAUUUUAUUUUGACAUUGAGGCUAUGCCUAUUAGAUAAUGAUACACUUUCUCAAGAUUUUAUAUCGGAAUGGUUAGCAAUCCAAACUAUGGGUGGUAUAAAAUUUAUUGAGCCGUAUAAACUGAUUCAUAGUAAUGCAAAGGAUUUAUUAUUACUUCAGACAUUAGGAAAAAACAAUAGUAUCGAUGGUGAUAGAAUUAUAGAUGAAUAUAUAGAUUUUGUUGAGGAUCGAAUUAUGAAUAAAAUUGGAUACGGCAGAAGUUUGUAUGAAAGAAAAGAAAAUUCCAAGAUCGACGACGAAUUUGAAGAUGAAUUUGACAAUUUUAAGUUAGAUCAGAAAAUAGUUGUUCGUAAAUUAUAUAAUUUGGUUCCAUUAAAAAAUGAUAAAGAUGAUGGUGAUUAUGACAACAAGGAUGACAGAAAGCAAACUGAUAAUAAAUAUAUGGAUAAAAUACAAUUGUUGUAUGCUCAAUUAUCUUCAGUACCGCUGAAAUCUAUUGAUAAUAUUCCUAGAGAGGAAAAGAUGGGAUUGUUAGAAGAGUUUGAAAACAAGUUAUUAGAAUUGAUUAGCAAUGAUUUUUUAAUAUCUGUUAAACAACUAAGAAAUUCGUUGAAGCAUUUACAAAAAGGGCAUUUUUCGAUAAAAAAAUAA